GGAGGAGGCAUCUUGCCGAAUGUUGGACGCUGGCCCGUCGUCGUCGAUCGGCGACGACCUCGACCGCCUGGAGGAUAUUCUCCCGAGCGAGCCCGUCGAUCUGAGUGACUGGCUCGAGCCACCGACGCUGCAGUCUCGCGUACCGUCGCUCAAGGUCGAGGACCUGCUGGUCGACACGGGCCCGAUUGCGGCGUAUGAACGGCUCCGCAUCAGCUUCUUGCAGCAGGACGCGCACCGUGUCGACGAGAAUCACGAGACGGGCGACAAGGAGUACAUAUACACCAACCAACGGCCGUUCAAGGUCGUUUUGCAAGCGCAGGGCGCAAACGGAGGGCCGCUGCCAAUCGAUAACCUCCACCUCACGGUCCGGCUGAUGCUCGAGUCCGGCAGCGACGUGGAGGCCGAGUCCAAGCAGCACGGCGCGCAUGGCCCGCUCUUGAUCGGCGAUACGCGCGUGGCUGUCGGCAGCGACGGCCUCGCCACCUUCGAGCUCACUCUUGGCCGGACGGCCCUCUCCUCCUUCUGCAGCGGGCAGCGCUUCUGCCUGCUCUUCCGCGCUGACCUCCCUGCCGACCUUCUCGACGAGCCUCGGCUCGCCCACCUGUCGGCGCCUCUCUGCCCCCCCCCCCCCCACCCCUCCGCACCCUCACCGAAGAGGCCGUCCCCAGGCGAGUGCGCUGCGGCAGCAACAGCAGCGGUACUCGGAGACGGGCCUCACGUUUGCAGAGGGGAACCCAUUCGCCAAGAGCGCCUCCCUCGACGAGGGGUCGGACGGCUUGCAGCGCGUCGGCUCCGGCCACCUGCCACUGACCAUCGGGACUGCCGUGCCGGCGCUGCCCGAGAUGUACCAGAUGCUGCUGGAGUCGCGGGCGACUACCGCCCAGGUGCGCGAGCAGCUGAGGGUGGUGCCGCAGUUGCAGGCGCAGGUGGCGCAGCUGCAACAGCAGGUGGACGAGCUUCGCCAAGAGGCGCUGAAGCGCCAGCGAAUGGCCUGAUGGUGCGGGCUGUCGGCUCGCGAGCUGACUUAGUGCUUCCCGCCAUGCCGACACCAGAUGGAGUCGGCAUUCGCCCGUAUGCGGUAUGGACACUCACGCCCGGCUGGUGUCCGGCCAAGUGUCCGGCGACGUCUCGGGCGUCGCGGCCUUGCGUCCUGCUCCUGGGCGGAGCGCGCCGGCGGUCUUUUGGUCCUCUCUCUACGUGCAAAGAGAGCCGAUGGGCAUUGCGGGUCGCGCCGAGCGCCCCCCCCCCCCCCCCCGCCCGGGGCCCGGGCCCCGGCGCGCCGCCGGGCGCGGCCCCUUAUACGUGUCUCAAAUAAAUAAAUAAAUAAAUAAAAA